UCUCUACACAACAUGAAAAUGGACGUAAAUAGAUUGAACCGAGACGAGUUGGAAUACGAACUGUCUAUCCGGGGGGCCUUUUCGGAGCAUUCAGAUGUAGAUGAGUUGCGUAAAAGGGUACGGAGGCUUCUUAAGUUGGAAGCUGAAGGCAGACUGGCCUCACCCAUACACCUUCCCUCGAAUACGGGAGAAGAACUGAACAUAUGUUCGGGAAAAAUUGAGACCCUUAGACCAAAAAUCGAGGAGUUCUUAAAGGGUAAUACAGCGGACUUCAGGAAAAUAGAUGCCAAGUUACAGCACGUGACCAAUCGUUUGUCACGGCUUUCUUCCGGAUCCGAUGAGGAGAAACGAACGAAGUCAAGGCUGUUGGAUGAGUGUUUGGAGUGGAUGGAGGAUGUUUCCUCUGCGGUUGGACCACCCCAGAAGGUUGUCGAGGAAGAAGAUCUACUUACAGGACAGUUCAAACCGGAUAAACAUUCAGCUACCUCCCAGAGACCAGAGGAUGAGGGUGCUGAAGGAGAAUCAGGAAAAGAGGAAUUCACAACUCAAUGGACCCCGGAGGAACCUCGAUCGGCCAGGGUCUUGUUCGAGACUCCGGUCGAGCCCUCUGUAGUACUUCGGAAGACACAAAUUCCUCCCAAAGAUUGGAAAAUUCAUUUUUCUGGAGAGAACGAUGAACUCAGUCUCCAUGCAUUUCUUGAAACAGUCGAAGAACUAAUGCUCUCGAGGAACGUGAGUGAAAGAGACCUCUUCGAUUCGGCCUUCGAUCUAUUCCGGGGAAAAGCAUUGGUUUGGUACAGAGCUGUAAGGAGAGAAGUCGGUACUUGGAAAGAACUAGUCGCCGAGUUACGAGCGGAGUACGAACCAGCGGACUACCAUUUCCGAUUGUGGGAUGAAAUCCGUCGGAGGACCCAAGGGCCAACGGAAUCUAUUGGUUUUUAUGUGGCGGUAAUGAAAAAUUAUUUCCAUCGCCUCCCUCAGCUUCCCUCUCAGUCGGAAAUGUUACAGGUUGUGCGAGGGAAUCUUCAGCCCUAUUACCUGGAACGAUUGAGCCUCCAGAACAUUGAAAGCUUGAAUGAGUUAGUGGCCGUAGGCAGGAAACUAGAAGAAACUAGGAGAAGGAUCUCGGCCCAACGGCCACCCCCCUUGCCGAGAGAUUCGUUGGAACCCGACCUGGCAUACACGCCCCCCCGUCGAAGGCAAGAAGUCAACAUCCAAGCUAUUGAGGAACCUGUCUGCCCCCUCAAUAACCCGCCGAAGCCGGAGUUCCGAUGUUGGAACUGCGAUGGCAACGGUCAUGCGUUCAGGCGUUGCCCAGACCCCAAGAGACAGUUUUGCACCGGCUGCGGCCGUAAAGAGAUGUUUAAGUCACAAUGCCCAACCUGCCGUUCAGUCCCGGGAAACGGUCAGGCGAGUCAAGCCUAAGGGGACGAGGCUUGGCUC